AAACUAAUUUUGUUUACAAAUUUACUCGAUCACAGAUAACUAACUUAAAAUUUUGUUUUCUAUUCAAAGGUCUCUAAUAGAUUAUAUAUUAAAUAAUUUAAAAUGGUUUUUUAUUUCACCAGCAAUGUGGUUUCACCUCCUGUUAAAUUAUUCAUGGGUUUGGACAAAUAUGAGAAUGAAGAACUAAUAAAAUGGGGAUUUCCUGAAGAUGUCUGGUUUCACGUCGACAACAUCUCUUCUGCACAUGUGUAUUUAAGACUUCAAAAAGGGCAAACUUUAGACGAUGUCCAUCACGAUGUACUCAUUGAUGCAUGCCAACUUGUUAAAGCAAAUAGUAUUAAUGGUAACAAAAUGAACAACAUAGACAUCGUCUACACAAUGUGGGAAAAUCUUAAGAAAACACCCAGUAUGGAUGUUGGCCAAGUAUCGUUUCAUAAUCCAAAGCAAGUCCGUAAAAUGCGAAUCGAAAAACGAAUCAACGAAAUAGUUAACAGAUUGAAUAAAACUAAAGUGGAAACCCAUCCUGACUUUCGUGCAGAAAGAGAAGCUAGAGAUGCAGGUGAACGACAAGACAAGAAAAAAAUAGUGCGAGAGCAAAAAGACCGAGAGAAAGAAGCUGAAAAAAAGCGUUUAGAGGAUGCGGAAUUGAAAAGUUAUGCAUCGCUGCAUAAAACCGAAAAUAUGACAACUACUAAUUAUGAUGAUAACAAUGAUUCAGACGAUUUCAUGUAAUCACAACUAAAACUUUAAUAAAACGAUAUCAAGAAAAGUAAGCAUGCUUACUUGACACAAUGUUGUCACGACAACCGGAAA